AUGUGUGUAAGAACGUGUUCACCGGGUUACGUGUUAGAUCGCAUGAAACGCGCGUGCGUCCCGUGUCACGAAUCUUGUGACCGGUGCAUGGGUGCAACACGUGAUCAAUGUCUAUCUUGCAAAGACAGCCAAGACAGUCUACAGGGUUCGGUUUGUAAGAAAUCUUGCGGUGACGGAAUGUACAGAAACCCCGAGACGUCGCGAUGCGAAUCGUGUCAUCCGUUGUGUAAAACCUGUUCUGGUGGAGGAAAAGAGGCUUGUACGAGCUGUGUGGAGGGACUGUCAUAUUCCUUAUCUCAAUGUUUAUCCUCGUGCGGUGAAGACGAGUACAGGAACAAUGGGCAAUGUUAUAUGUGUGACAGAGGAUGCAAGACGUGCAAAGGAGCAACUAGUAAAGAUUGCUUGAGCUGUAAUGAUAAUCGGAAACUUUUCAAUUUCACUUGUGUGAAGAACUGUCCGCCGGGGAUGUAUGAACGGGACUCUAAUGGCAUUCCAGAAUGCGAGCGAUGUCACCCAUCUUGCGCAACCUGCACGCGGGCUGGACCCGACGCCUGCACGUCAUGUCGCAUGGAUCUAUACCUCGAGGGAACUAACUGCGUACAACAGUGUUCAAUAAAUCACAUCCUGGACGAAGACACGAAGAAAUGCAAACUUUGUAACUCAGAUUGUCCUACAUUCGCAAACAUCACAGAUCGUUCGGCCCUUCCUCACAAGAACGACGAAAGCAACGCACCCACGAAACUUGAAAACCAUUUCAUCUUAAUAUCAAUGGCAACGUGCUUAUCGCUACUUGCUAUAUUCGCAUUACUUGGCCUCUGUAAGUCUCGUUCAACCAACGGUUAUACAAAGGUCGACAACAACUCCGCCUCGAGUGUUGAAACACAGCAGACAUUCGACAACAAUGUUCCAAGCGUUUACAUUCGAGAUGACAAUGCCGAAAGCGAAGCCAUGUUAAAUGACCCCGAUGACCAAGAAAUGUAGCGAAAGACCUUUUCAAAUUUUCGUAUAGAAAUUUUCGUCUUAAAAAUUUGUGUACAGUUCAAAGAAUUUAUUUUAUAUUUCUAUAUUUCAAAUUCUAUAUUUUAAUAUAUUAUAUCAAUUGCAAAAUUAUUCAUAUAUCCACUACGCAAUUAUUUGAUGUAUAUGUGUAUAUACGAUUUCUUUGCACGUAUGAACGGUUUCAAUUUAAGAACUUUUUAUAAUCAUGAUGUACUUUGCAUAAAAUAUUCUCUUUAAUAUGAAUUCACUUUGCAUACAGAUUCCAUUCAGUGAACUAAUAAAUCUUUUAUAAAUCGAUGUUCUUACUUUAAUCGUGUGCGGUGCUGUUUGUUCAGCGUAUAAAAACGCAAAAUAUGCUGUGUUAGCUUUGCCCUUUGGGAUCAGAGGCCGAUUGUACGACAGUCGGAUACCGCUGGAUAGUGAGUUUUUCAACCUUGAAAAAAUGCUUGAAGAGCUAUCACGCUACCGAUGUGGUCCUCACAAUCUUAAUCUGGGUUAUAGCAAUCAGCAGACAAUUUUAGAAAGCCUGAAAAAAUCACUCUCUGGCGGAUAACGCUAUCCGACCUUCGUACCCCUGUUUGAUUCAAGUUAACAGAUCAUAAAUAUACUUAUGGAUUUGUGACUUUUACGUCUGUUUAUUUUCUAUUGGUGGGCAUCUUUAGACAGUGCGAUUAGGGCAAGUUUGGACAUGAAAAUUGGUUGCCCGGAAUAAAAUUUACUUGCCAGCAGGUCUAGUUUUGCCCUCAAAUAUUAGCAAAAUUUGAAGCAAGUGAUCGCAGUAAGGAUUGAUUAUAAUCACCAUUCUAAUCUAGGACUGUUCGGUAUAUCGAUAUACCGAAAAUAUCGGUAUUAAAUCAAUAUCGGUAUAUCGAUACCGGAUAUUCAACCACACCGAUAUACCGAAAUUUCGGAUAUACCGGAAUUUUUCGGUAUACCGGAAUUUUUCGGUAUACCGUGUUAAAUUUACCAACUAUAUAUGGCGAAACCAUAACCUUUAUUUUACUACUGAAUGGCAAUUCAAAGAACUUUCUACUGCAAUGAUUUAGAAUUUCCACUUCAGUGACAUUUUACACUGAGUACGUGCAUGUCGUUCGAAACAUGUUCGAAACAGCUUCGAAAUGAUCGUUUUCCCUUUUAGAAUUACUCAAAAUUUCUUUCAAACUUCCAUUAAAGAAUUUUCCUUUAUAACUAUCAAAGGAAAACCGGUAUACCGAUAAUAUCGGUAUAAUUUUUUCGGUAUACCGAUACCGGAAAUUUCUCAUACCGAACAUUCCUAUUCUAAUC